AUGACCUUGCGUAACUUGAAUCGGGCUGCGGUGAGCGGAGUGUUCGCGGUCGGGUGUCAUGCCGGCGUAGACUUGUCCCCGGCGAGAACGUUCCCCGGGGGAGGACAAAAAGGUAAGCCGCUGACGAGGCCCGGAAUGCGAUGUGAUUAUGAAACGCCAUUUGUCAAGUUUUUAUUGGGCGCCCUAGAGCAGCGGGCUUUGUUGUCGCCCCCGGCCGCGCCCCGACCCUCGGCGCUGCGACGU